UGAGGGAUUCGGGGCCUAUAAAUUCUUAUCCCCUUAUUCUUUAAACUUUUAUUCUCUCGAAUGCUCAUACCCCAGACCACCACUUGAUUGCUAUAGAUUUUUCUCCUCCUGGAUUGCAUCAGAAUGACUGUCAGCAUUGAAGGCCCGCAUUCGCGCCACGAGAUUCAGAAGUCCGUGGAUGAAUACAUAGAUAGUCUCAAAGGCCGUUUAUAUCAGUUGAACAAGAGCAUCCAUGAAAACCCAGAACUUGCAUACAAGGAAUACCAUGCGCACGACGCCAUAUGCAGCUUUCUGGAAGAGCUGGGGUUCAAACCUACACGUCACGCAUACGGGUUAGAAACCGCCUUUGAAGUCAUAAGCGGUUCGGACGAGGGAAGAUGUGUCAAUUUCAAUGCUGAAUAUGAUGCACUCCCGGGAAUCGGGCAUGCUUGUGGGCAUAAUCUAAUUGCGACUGCGAGUGUGACCGGAUUUAUCGCCCUUGCACAUGUGAUCAGCAAAUUUGGAAUUAGGGGAAAAGCGCAGCUGCUCGGGACCCCUGCUGAAGAGGAUGGAGGCGGGAAGAUCGACCUGCUUAACGCUGGAGCUUACAAGCAGGCUGACGUUUCCUUGAUGCUCCAUCCUAUGUCAGACGCCCGCUUCCGCGAACACGGCGUCAUAGGAUCUUCUGGGUCGAGUUCUAUCGCCUGCUAUGAUAUUGUCUGCACCUAUGAAGGGGUUAGCGCCCACUCUGCCGCCAAUCCACAUGAGGGUAUCAACGCCCUAGACGCCGUGGUGUCGGCAUAUAACAACAUUUCCAUGCUCCGGCAACAGAUAAGACCGGACGAGCGGAUACACGGGACCAUAUUGCAAGCACCUAAGAUCACGAAUGCCAUCCCAGAACACACGGCCACAAAAUAUUCAGUUCGGAGUCCCACAAUCAAGGGCGUGCAAGAACUUGGAAAGCGAGUAUGCAAGUGCAUGGAAGCCGGUGCUCUCGCCACGGGGUGCAAGCUCAAGAUCGAAGAGAGUCCAAUUUACGCUGACCUUCGACUCAACCAGCCUCUCUGCGACGCGUUUCAGGCGCACAUGGGAGACCAGGGAGAGAAGAUCUUCUCCGGGGAGAGCGAUGGUCUGAGCGGCUCCACGGACCAAGGCAACGUUACCUAUGCUAUUCCAGGCCUGCAUGCCCUCAUCGGAAUACCAGUCACAGACGACGCGAAUAACCACACUCAUGGAUUCGCUGCUGCAGCGGGGACAGAGGUUGCACAUGAAAGGACUUUGAAGGGCGGCAAGGCGAUGGCCAUGACGGGAUUGGAUAUUUUGACGGAUGAUGACUUUUAUGCUCGGGUGAUCGAGGACUUUGAGAAAGAUAAGAAGCGUAGAUGACCGGAAGCUAGAUAGUGUCCUGCGGUGCCCGUGCAGAUCGGUCUUUACACUGCACACUAGCAUCGGCAGGAAACCCAUUUUGUCCACCUUUCGCUUGGGGUUGGGAUGCUUCACAUGCUUCACCCGAAUGCCGAAAGCACGAAACAACAUCUGGUCAUCAUUACCUACUCGCAAACUUCAGAGAAGCAAAUGCUAACUAUAAUAUAAUAAAUCAAUCCUUCAGACCUAUUGGCGGGUGUGAAAAGCCUUCGCCGAAUAACUAUUUGUACUCGCUUCCAA